GGGGCUCCCCAAGCGCGGCGGGGAGCUCCAGGGCUGGGGAGGCUCCCCAUAAGAUGGGGAGCCGCUCCAGGGCUGGGUCUGGGGACUCCAGCGCGGGGUCUGGGGCGGUUGCUCAAGGGGGUGUGGGGAGGGUCUCUAAAGGGGGGAGUGCCCAAAGAGCUGCGCAUGCGGCUCCUUUUCCCAUCUCCCGCAAACUUUCGCGCAUGCGCACGGACCCUCCUUGCCCGCCCGCAGAGAGGCACACGCGCACUUCCUCGCGCGCCAUCCUCCUCUCCGGGCAUGCGUAUGGAAACCCCCCCUGCGUAUGCCACCGCCCUUCCCUGACGUCACGGGCGCUCUCGGCCUUCCCAUUGGUCGGCCCGGCGAAGUCUCCCAGCAUGCUUCGCGACUCGGACUAUUUAUGCCCCACCUGCGAGCUUUUUCGGCCAUUUACUGUGAGUUGCCGCAGGUCUGGUGGCCCUGGUGCCUGCCCUGUGCCCAGGCAUGGAUCACACCAGCUGCAGGUGCCUGCAGCUUCUCUGCAGGUUGAAAGGCUCCUCUGUGGAGGCUGGGCUGUGGCUGUGCUCAUGGAGGCAGGACCCCUGGAGCCUGGCAGUGGUGCUAGGAGGGAACAUUGCUGCUGGCUUCUGCCCAGGCUGAAGAUCCUUGGCGAAAUCAUCUGGCUGCAGUGACUAGGCUGUGAGUGCCCCUCCCAUGGCUGCCUGGCACGGAAGAGAAGAGGCUGGAAUGAACCCUCUGGAGUGCAGAAGGGGAGAGCCGAGCUCCUGGCUUGGAGGUGACCCCCACAUGGUUGGAGCACUGAAGAGGUGAUGUGGCUGCAGCAGGAACACGCUCCUCUCCUCCCCCUUGCUGUGUACCCAAAGGGCAGCUGGCCGGGCAGGGAUGAACCCAGCUGCUGUCUGUCUGUACUGGGCCUACUGAAUAAAAACACCUCUGUCCAAGGCA